GCAAGAUGGCGGCGCUGCAGGGCUUCCCCGUCUCCGUCUCGUACGGUCACAGCGGCGCCGUGGAGCCGCCCGCCGGCCCGCAGCCCCCGCAGCCCCAGCCCCAGGCCCAGCAGCCCCAGCCCCAGCCCCAGCCCCUGGCCCAGCCCCCGCCGGCCCAUCCACAGCCGCCAGCGCUCGCCGACCGCAGCAAGGAGGAGGUGACAGAAGCCGAGAAGUUGAGUAAAAUGAACUCUUUGCUGGAGAAGCUGCAUACAAAAUAUAGUCAAACAAGGCCCUGGUCCGAAACGGCAAAACUUGUUCGACAAGCUAUGGAGAAACGUAAUAUAAUGAACACAGGGGGCCACCAGCAUCUUAUUGCGUGUUUGGAGACCCUGCAAAAAGCACUUAAAGUAAUGUCUUUGCCAUCAAUGACAGACCGUCUGGAGUCGAUUGCCAGACAGAACAGCCUUGGUUCACACUUGAGUCCUUCGGGUACUGAAUGCUACAUCACGUCAGACAUGUUCUAUGUAGAGGUGCUGCUGGAUCCAUCGGGGCAAGUCUGUGAUGUCAAGGUGGCACACCAUGGAGAAAAUCCUGUGAGCUGUCAGGAGCUGGUGCAGUAUCUGAGAGAGAAGAAUUUUCUCGAGUUCUCAAAACACCUUAAAGGCCUUGUCAACCUAUACAAACUUCCCGGAGACAAUAAGCUGAAAACUAAAAUGUACCUGGCUCUGCAGUCCCUCGAGCUUGAUCUUUCAAAGAUGGCUCACAUGUUCAGAUUAGCAACAAAUGCAAGUAACCUUGAUACAAUACUCCAAGGAAAUGUUGGCUAUCUUACACCGAGGAGUGGUGGACACUUAAUGAACCUGAAGUACUAUGUCUCUCCGUACGACGUGUUUGAAGAUGGAACUGGUGCUCCUCUGAACCUGAAUGAGAACGUUCCGCGAUCCUUGGGCAUGAAUGUGUUUGUGACGAUUGAGGGCCCCACGGCAAUGUGCAAGCUGCCGAUAGCUCCCCUGAUCACUGGCUCCCACCCCACGGACAACAAAGGCACGCCUUCCUUCUCUCCUGUGACUAAUGCCAACAGUGUGGACCUCCCAGCCUGCUUCUUCCUAAAGUUUCCGCAGCCAAUACCUGUGUCAGCUUUUUGCAUUCAGAAACUUCAGAACUUCUUAGGUAUCCCCCUCUUUGAUCCUCCAACCACUCUAGUUCCACUCUAUGAAUUGAUUACACAAUUUGUACUUUCUGGAAAGGACGGCAGUACUUCAACUUUGAAACACAACAUGCGGUUUUAUGCUUCUUUACCAGGCCAACAGCAUUGCUAUUUUUUGAACAAGGAUGCCCCAAUCCACGAUGGGAGAUGUUUGCAAGGAGCGCUGCUUCAUAAAAUCCCUUUCAGGCACCCAGGCCAAGUGCCUCGGGUUCUGGAAUUUCUCCGACACCAAGUGGCGUACAACAUUCUAAUUGGGAGCUGUGUGAAGAGGACUGUGCUGAAGGAAGAUUUACCUGGUCGUCUGCAGUUUGAGGUGUGCCCACUGACCAACACCAGCUUCAGCCUCUCCUUCCAGCAUCCAGUCAAUGACUCUCUCGUGUGCGUUGUGAUGGAUGUAUUGGAUUCCAGGCAAGUGUGCUGCAAGCUCUAUAAAGGACUUUCUGAUGCCCUCAUCUGUACUGACGACUUCAUUACCAGAGUGGUGCAGCGAUGUAUGUCUAUCCCAGUGACGAUGAGGGCAAUCCGCCGCAAGGCAGAGACCAUCCAAGCGGACACCCCAGCCCUGCCCCUCAUUGCCGAGACAGUGGAGGACAUGCUGAAGAGGAAUCCCCCUCCGCCCAGCAGCCCCGGCUACAGCACCCAGCUGGGCAACAACAACCCACCCAGUGACACCACCACUACGCCAACCAGCACCUUUCCUGGGCCCAACUCCACCAUCUUCAACAUGCAGGGCAUGAAGGAAAGGCAUGAAUCUGGACACGGGGAAGAUUCCUUUAAAGUGAACCAGAACCCGAUCCUGACCAGCUUGUUGCAAAUUACAGGGAGUGUUGGUUCAUCCAUUGGGUCAAGCCCCACGCCCCCUGGUCACACACCUCCGCUGGUUUCUUCCCCUGCGAGUAAUACCAAAAACCACCCCAUGCUGAUGAACCUGCUCAAGGACAACCCCAGCCAAGAUUUUUCCACCCUUUACAGCAGCAGCCCUUUGGAGAGGCAAAAUUCCUCUUCCAGCUCCCCACGAAUCGACGUGGCUUCGGGCAGCACCAAACAGAAGAAGAAGAGGACUCGGUCUCAGACGGAUAAACCCAAGCAACCUCAGACCGAGGAAGACUUCCAGAGAGAGCUUAUCUCCAUGGACUUCGACGCUCCGAACAGUGUCUUUGACGUCAACAUGCCCGGCGAUACUUUGGACACCCCGCACAUCACCCCUGCCCCCAGUCAGUGCAACACUCCGACAACAUACCCUGGCACAGUUGCACACUCGCAGCAGUCCACCAUGCAGAGGAUGGCACGCCUGUCUAGCACGGACAGUAUUGGAGCUGACGUCACAGAGAUUCUGUCCGACAUAGCGGAGCAAACAAAGCUGGCCACCCCCACCGACAAUUGUCCGUCCGUCGGCACCCCUGUCCGUGAUUCCGUGAAUUCAUCCCACGCCGCUGUGAACAGCACUUUUGAUGCAGACGUUUUUCAGGCUGGAAGCAACGAGAACACAUACACUGACCCUGCGGACCUAAUAGCAGAUGCCACCGCCACUCCCACCAGUGACUCCUCUAACCAGUUUUUUCCCGACGGAGUAGAUUUUUUAUUGGAAAAUCAAAGCGGGAACAAUUUUGUGAGCGGAUACUUUGACGAGAGCAGCCAGGGCGGAGACAUGGAUGACAUGAAGAGUUUCCCCCCGCCAGCGUCUGCCUCCAUGAGCGUGCAGGCGAUGGGCGGUGACGGCGGGGAGCGCUCCAAAGGGAGCAGCCACGCGGACAUGGUGGAUUUUAGUAUGUUUACCAACAACAACAAGUCGCUGGGGCCGCCCGACGGGAUGGAACACACAGGAAACCAGAGCCCCUUGCUGAGCACCGUGGAGGUUGCAAAAGUGGACAAGUCUCAAAAGCAGCGACCUGCCAAGGAAGGAAACGGCGGCGGGAGCAACAGCUUACCCGGGAUGACCAACGACAGUAAACCCGGCAAGCGCACCCGCACUCCGUCCAGCGAUGGCAAAAACAAGGAAAAGCCCCCGAAGCGCAAGAAAACCGACUCGGAAAACAAGUCUCCAUCUCACAGCGUGUCUAGUAGGCCUUUCACACCACCUGCCAGCACCACCGGUUCCAAAUCCCCUGGCAGCUCUGGCAGGUCACAGACUCCACCCAGUGUGGCCACCCCUCCAAUCCCCAAAAUUACCAUUCAGAUCCGCAAGGAGAUGGUCGGAAAAUCGUCCUUGCACAGUCAGUUUGGUUCGGGCCCUUCGUCCAGCAGCAAAAGUCACCACUCUCAUUCCUCCAAUUCCUCUUCCGGCAAAUUGAAAAGCAACAAGUCGGAGAGCUCUUCCAGUUCCAAAAUGAGCAGCGGCAGCCUGUAUCCAGGGCAAGGCAGCGGCAGUUCCAGCCAGUCCAAGAGCUCGUCUCAGUCCAUGGGAAAACCCAGCUCCUCUCCAGUCACCAAGCACGGUUUGACCAGCAGUGGCAGCUUGUCCAGCAACAGCAGCAGCAAAAUGAAGCCCCAGGUCAAGUCGUCCUCGUCUCUUGCUAAUCCAUCCGGAGGAAAGCCCAGCGUCUCUCCCUCCCACUCCAGACCGUCGGGCAACUCCGAGAAGCUUUCAUCGCCACUGAAGCCCAUUCCGGGAACUCCGCCAAUGAAGGCCAAGUCUCCAGUCAGCUCGGGCUCAGGAAGCUCUCACAUGUCUGGGUCUAGCUCCAGCUCAGGCAUGAAGCAGUCUUCUGGCAUGACAUCCUCCGGUUCCUUGAACCAGAAACCUCCAGCUUCCUCGUCCUCCUCCUCUGCUUCCUCAAUGUCUUCAUCUCAAAACGCCCACGGAAAUCUAAUCAAAGGGAAGUCUCCCAGUCGGACCAAGAAGCCGUCUUUGACGGCAGUGAUUGAUAAGUUGAAACAUGGCGUGGGUGGUGUGGGUGGUUCUAACGCUGACGACUCUGCAGACGGCCAAAUGGCGGCGGCAGCAGCAGCAGCAGCAAUGGCAUCUGCUCACGGCAUCCCGUCCAAGCACAGUGUUUCGCCGGCUGAUUAUCAGGGAAAGCGAGAGAAGAGUGACAAAGAAAGCAAAUCCAAGGUCUCUGUCUCGGGGAGUUCGGGCGACAGUGGGAAGAAAUCCUCCGACUCCAAGAACGGCGGGGGGACGGGCGUGGCCAAGAUCAUCAUCAGCAAGCACGACGGUGGUUCUCCGAGCAUCAAGGCCAAGGUGACCUUGCAGAAGCCAAGUGAUGGCAGCGGCGACGGCUUAAGACCGCAGAUCACCGGAGCAAAAAACUAUGGGUCGCCUUUGUUCAGCGGGUCGACGCCAAAACACGAACGUUGUUCCCCGAGCUACAGCAAGUCGCCCGCCUACACCCCUCAAGGUGGCGACAGUGGCAGCGAGUCUGGCUCGUCCUUCGCUGAGAAGUCCCACCAGAACAGUCCAAGCUCGGACGACGAUGUCCGGCCGCUCCCCGAGUAUAGUUUGGAAAAGCAUAAAAAGCACAAAAAGGAGAAGAAGAAAGGGAAGGACAAGGAUCGCGAUCGGGACCGAGACAGGGAGAAGAAAAAAUCUCACUCUAGUAUUAAAGCAGAGAGUUGGUCAAAGUCUCCGAUAUCGACUGACCAAUCCUUAUCUAUGGCAGGGAGCACAUCCAUGAACUCCGAGAGGUCAUCUCGCCCCAGCCCGGCAUUUUUGAUUGGCGAUGAUGAUGAACUCAUGAACGUUGCUCUGAUUGGUAAUUAAAAUGAAGUGCUUUGUUCAUAAACCAUGAGAGUCUGUCAACAGUACUGUGAUCACAUUUUGUUCCCAAGUGUGAGGAGGUUCUUGGCUUUAUCUCCAAUCUUGGCAGAUGUCUCAUUCGCACACAAAAGGUUUUUAAAAUUACCAAUUAUUUUUAAUGUCAACAACCAAUUCUCAAACAGUGUACAUAAAAUGAAACCAUUUUCUGUAUAUCUUUGAGUGGGGCGGAGGGGGGGGGGUGCUUUGUCAAGUCCUACAUGAACAUCCUUAAUCUUCCUUUUCAGAAGGGGACUAGAUUGAAAUUAAGCCAAUGAAGGUCCUUUGCCCAAGGAUUGGUUUGGCUUUCUUCAGCAGAGCUUAAAACCUGAACCUGGCUGCAUCCUAUUUGUGUUUGCCUCCCAUAUGUGAAUGCUCAUUUUUUUAUUGACACAAAACUAUUUUAAAGUCGGAAGAGGUUGCUCUAUUGUGUGUUAAAGCCAUUCAUAUUUUUUUUCUAAAAAAACAAAAUGGCCUGAGUGUUUAAUCUUCUUGACUCCCAACCCUGGUGCAAGAGAUAGAUUUUAUUUAACUAUUAGUUAGGUCCAGAUUGUUUUACAUAAAACCUAAUAUGCUUUUAAUGUGCUUUAUUUUUAACUAUUUAUUAAUCUCUUAAUUUCAGAAUUGAAAUAAUUUUAACAGCUUCUAAAGCUUUGUUAAAUCAUUUUAAUGUCAAAUGUGUAUAUUGCUUUAAAUGCACAGUUUGCAGUACAAUGCUGAUUUCUCUCUUGAUUAUUCUUCCAAAGAGCCAGAAUGCAUUUGUAUGAUUAUUUUGCAUUGACAUUUUAAAGCUGAUGGUUCUGCUUGUUUGGAGAAAGUUUCUAUCAUUUUUCUCCAGCCUUCUGCCUCAAUUGAAAGUUUGAGAAUGCGUAUUACAGAUUCCAACACCCACUUUGUCUCAGUUUCACGACCUGGUCUGGACGAUGGUGUUCAAAUUUAAACCACACGUGUAAACUGAAGGCAACCCAGCCAUUGUACUGGCCAAACUUCCCAAUAGUUCUUCCUGAUGCUUAUUUUGCUUGCCAUAAUUUUAUCCUCCGUGUAGCCAUUGAAUCCACAAGUGAAGGUUUGCCCACUUUGCAUUGAAUGAAGCUCCCGGAAGUUCACCAGUUAGUUACGUCUUGGCAUGGUUUCAUAAAAGCGGAAGCAAAAAGCUAUUACAUCCCUGAUAAAACCACAAACCCAAAGGCAAUAACUUUUUUCACCUUCCAAGAAUGAAGGGAAAUUGAUACCCAAGUGGAUAGUAAUUGCAGAAAGAUUAUACAAUGUCAAUGUUCUUGUGCAGCGAGUUCUCGUCCAUUUGAAGAGGCAAGUUGAAAGAAUCCCCAUUUAUGAUAUUUAUUGGAAUAGCAAAGCAUCUUUAAACAAAUUAAAUCACCCACACAAUAAGAUUGUUUAAAUAUUAGUCCAAUGGCCAUCUGCUAGAACAAUAAUGAACUGGAUAUCAGUUAGAAGCCAUAUUGUUGAGCCACGCGUCUACAUUCAAUACCCUGCAGAAAUAGAAAGAUAAAUGCUCUCUAAAUUGUUUUCUUGAUAGCAGAUUCCAAUAAUAGCUGAGAUCUCUCUUACGUGGCACGUGAAACAAUUAAAUGGUCACAGGAAAUAUUGGACCCCUCAAUAAUACUCUUAGGAUCCCUCCAAAUUAUAAAAUGGUUCAGGUCUUAACGGUAGUUCAGAUAUUGCAGGGUCCCAUGUUGUCAUCCAGUGUGGCCAAAUCAAUCAGUCAUUGGAUUUGCCAAAUAGAUAUUCACAGGAAUUUUUCUCAUUUGGUUAAUGUUUUUUUUAAAUUUGCGAUAGCAAAUGCAUAAGCUGUCAGAAGUCGUUCAGAAUGUGAGGCCAUGGGUUGUCCAGAGAAAGCCUUUCCUGCCAUUCGGUGAGGUCUAAACUGUGAUCAAAUUCUUCAUCCCAAAAAAUCCACCACUUUAUGUACCUUCCCAUGCCCAAAAAAGGCAUUGGUUUAUUCUUGUCACUUGUGUGGAGAUACAGUGAAAGUCUUUGCGUGCUAGGCUGGGACAUCAUACCAUGCCCAAGUACAAUACAGACAUACAGACAAGAAACAACAACAGACAGAAUAAAGACAAAAAUAUUUAGUGCAGAAUAUGAUGAGACAGCUACAGUAAAAGUGUAGAUUAGAAAAAGUUCAAAGGCCACAACAAGGUAGGUUAGGAGCUGGGGACAACGUCCAUAGAUUGAGAGAUCUGUUCAGUAGUUUGAUAAUGGCGGGGACGAAGCUGUUCCCAAAUCUGGUGGUACAUCCUUUCAAGCUUUAUCUUCUGCCCAACGGAGGUAGAUAGAAUAGGGAAUGACCUGGGUGUAAGUGGUCCUUAAUUAUGCUGGCUUUAUGCUUUCCCAGGGCAGCGUGCGGUGUAGAUAGGGUGACCGGGGCGAGGGUGAGGGGGGUGAGGCUGGUUUGUUUGAUGGACUGGGAUGCAUUACAAAUUCUUUGCAAUUUCUUGCAAUCUUGGCCAAGUUGUGAUGCAUCUCGAUAAGGUGCUUUCUGUGGUGCAUCUGUAGAAAUCGGUAAGAGAUAUUGUCAAGUCAAGUCAAGUCACAUUUAUUUAUAUAGCACAUUUAAAAAAACAACUCUCGUUGGCCAAAGUGCUUUACAUUUGUUAUAAGAAUAGUCUAAACAUACAAACUACAUGCAUAUAUACAUAUAGCCCUCGCUCAGUGGACGUCAGGAAAGGCUUGGGAGUAUAGAUAAGAUUUUAGUCUUGACUUAAAGGAGUCAAUGGAGGGAGCAGUUCUGAUGGGAAGGCGGAGGCUGUGGGCUUACCAAAUUUCCUUAGUCUUCUGCGGUAGUCGAGGCAUAGCCGUUCUUUCUUGGCCAUAACGCCAGUGUCAUAUUAGUGUGUAUUUAAAAAGUCAGCCACCAGUUUUCAAUUUGGGCAGUGCAAAUUAUCUAUUAUCUUAAGGCAGUUUGUAAUGCUACUUGUGAAAGAUGAACCCAAAGUGUAUUUCUUCCCAUUUGAAUUUGAUCUAACUAAGGCUCAAAAGUCAAUUUACUAUAUUGAUAAGUUAUAGCAUCAUGGAAAUAUACCCUAUAGGAAGGGGCCAAUUGGCCCACACCAGUCAAAAACGAACACCAUGGAACUCAAACCCUCUCAGCUCUCAAUCCAUUGUCCUCAAUAAUUGCAUGUCAAACGCUCAUCCAGCUGAUUUGUAAAUGCAAUGAUGGUUUCUGCUUUCAGGCAAUGAAUUCCAAGCCUCUCUUGUUCUUGGGCUGUCUGUUUUUCCCUCCACUCUUUUAAUUGUUUUAAAUCUCUGCCCCCUUUAUUGGCUUGCCAGCUGAAGGAAGUAGAUAAUUUCUGUUCACCCUCGGCCUUUAAUAGUUUAAUACACUGCCUUUAUGCCUCGACACCGGUCCUGGCUGGGAGCCAUUGAUUCUUACAGGGUAGAGAACCCAGUUUGCUUUGUCUUUAUGCAGCUAUUUUCUGUAAGCUGUGGCAGUGGCUGUCAGCAGCUUCGACUGUGAAGGGUGUUGGCCCUAAACCCAAUCCUCUUGCCUAAAAUCUCAGGUUCCAGCAAAUAUCAUAAGAUGGGAAUGGGGAGCCCUGGUUGAAUUCCCCAGGCCAUUGACUGUCCUGUCCUGUCCUGAUAACAUCAUCUUGCUCAGCAGAAAUAAUGAACACCCCAUUUUUCUACUCUGGAUGUCGAGAUGAGACGUAACUUGGAGAAUGCUGCUUUUGAGUGCGAGAAUUAUUGUAUAAAGCAAAGAUACUUUUCUUAUAAAGAAGAAAAAGUUGUGGAACUUCAAUCGGGUGUUAUUGGGAAGUAUUUUGUUCAAGAUUGCCAACCACAGUUAAAUAUGCAAGGGUAAAACUACUUUGUUAAAUCAAUUGAAUAUGAAGACAUUCACUUACAUUGGCAGUAUUAAGAGUUAAAGCUUUUUGAAGAAUGUUUCUCAAAAUGAAAUUGGCUUCUGUCAUUAAUGACAGCUUAUAUUAAACCUAACAUUUCAAAUACACAAGUUUACAUUAGUAUUGUUUUUGUGGCUCUACAAGUCAGAAUUGCUUUCACAUUGAUUCGUGUUAAAGGCUUGGUCUUAGAAAUGGUGUACUUCUGAUUACAGUGUUGAGACCGCUGGUUACUGUUUAGCAACUCUGAAACUUAGUUCAGUGGAUACAUCGUCAAGAUGCUACAGAUUUCUCCACCAUUAUCCUUUUAAGAUGAGUGCUAUGAUAAAUUAUAAAAGCAGAACUUUACAGAGGCAGGCUAUUUGGCCUGAGUGAUUAUUUUUGUGCCACUUCCUAUCCACUCUCUUCCUCUCUGCAUACAUCCAUUGAGUACUAUCCAAAUUUAUUCUGACUGAAUAUUUAUGGACUCUGCCUCAACCUUUGGCAGAAGACUACCAAUAUUACAAAAUCUCUAUCAAUCAAAAAAAUUACAUUGAUCCUUUAGCAGUGACUUCAAAUUGGUACAAAUUGUUUGGGGGGAAAAUUCGAAAGUGGUCCAAAUCCACAAAUGGUCCGAAGUUGAGAGAGAAAAGUAGAUUGUGACUUGGGAGUUGGACAAUUUACUUAUAGUGACUCCACCGCCAACAUUGAAACAAUCUUUUACUUUCAGCCGCUCCCUGCGUGAUUUGCAGUCUGGUCCCUUCUGCAACUCAUGCAUAUAAAAUCUAAAAUUUGCUUAUGAAAUUUGGAAAUAUUCAGACAAGUAGAACUAAUUUAAGGUAUUGAAAUCAAACUACCAUUCAAAGGGCAGGAGGAGAUCGCAAAGAAUUUAAGAAAAUGUUAAUGCCUUUAUUGUGUAUUAAAUUGUGGAUAAUUCAGGCAAGGUAUUGAUGCCGUCUCAAUUAUCUGUGAAUGAUAAUUAUAAAGAAUGAAACAAAGCCCCAUUUCAGGUAAGAUUGAUAUAUAUAUAUUUGAGGUUGGAAUCGUAACAUCUGGAUGUGGCUGUCAAUCUUCCAAUGGCUUUAAUUUAAUACUCUGGCUAAUUUGCUGCAGGAUAUUAUGCCAAUCACCUUGAGGACUAAGGUGAUCUUGUACAAGGCGAAGCAUUAUAAAUUGGAUUGUCACGUGGUCUAUUUCUAAUCUGUGCUGAGUUUAAAUAGUCUAAGCUCGACUUUUCAUCCCCAGGUCGGGGGGGGAGAAGAAUUCUUUGGGACCAGUUCAUUAUUAUUGCACAGUAUUCUCGGCCAUGUUGCAAACGGGUUGAUGUGGGAGUGUGUAGGAAGGAGCUGCGGAUGCUGGUUUACACUGAAGUUGGACACAAAAUGCUGGAGUAACUCAGUGGGACAGACAGCAUCUUUGAAGAAGGGUCUCGACUCAAAAGGUCACCCAUUUCCUCUUUCCAGAGAUGCUGCCUGUCCCGCUGAAUUACUCCAGAAUUUUGUGUCUAUCUUUGUUGAUAUGUGAGUGGAUGGAUGAGGAGGCGACGGAAAGGAUGGUCAGGCAAAAUCUAUUCAUAAGGUUAUAAGUGAUAGGGAGUAGAAUUAGGCCAUUUGGCCUAUCAAGUCUACUCUGCCAUUCAAUCAUGGCUUAUCUAUCUCUCCCUCCUAACUCCAUUCUCCUGCCAUCUCCUCAUAACCUCUGACACCGAUACUAAUCAAAAAUCUAUCCAUCGCUGCCUUAAAAAUAUCCACUGACUUGGCCUCCACAGCCUUCUGUGCGAAGAAUUCCACAGAUUUAAAGAAAUGUCUCCUCAUCUCCUUUCUAAAAGAACGUCCUUUAAUUCUGAGACUGUGAACUCUAGUCCUAGACUCUUCCACUAGUGGAGACAUCCUCUCCACAUUGUGGUAUUCAACAUGGUCAAAGUCCCAAACAUUGCCCUAAAUAGUGGCACAUUACUUUGAGGACAUCCUUGAAACCAUCCCAGCAAUCCUUGGUGACAGCAGAAACUAAUUUGGAAUUUUAUUCUCAAAAUUAUGUGUUAAAACCCCCCCAAAUUAGGGAGCCAUUUUGAAAUGUCCAGUGGAUGUUUGAGAUUAUUGGUCUGCCUGUGUAAAGAAGCAAAAAUCAAUAUAUUUGAAAGAAAAAAUCCAAAUCAUUUUCUGGAAACAUUCAUUUUUAAAACAAAAACUAUUUUUAUACCUAUUUUGGCAUAAAACCUUGACAUUUCUUUGUACAGUGAUGGGUUAAGGACCCCUGUGUUUUCUUAACGCAUUUGUAACUAAAAGAAAAUGGUUGACUGUCUGGUGUUUUGUGAAAUAAUCUUUGUUUUGCUGUUCUGUCCAGCAGGUAAAUAAGUUGCGAAUAUUCUCCUCGGUUAGUGCCAUACCCUUUUUUGCAAAAUGUAAAAUAUUUUCCCAACAUUUUCAUAACUGAGAAUGUUACUUUGCAGAGAAAAAUAAACCAAUGUUAUUGUUCACUUUUGGAAAUAAAUAAUUCAGCAGGACAGUG